UCUCAGUCUGCCCGCAUUCCUUCCUUCCUCAUCGGUCGCUUUGUAAAAAUUGAUGCUUGAGGAGAAGAGAAGGAAGCCACCCCUUUAACCAUUUUGCUCUCUCUCUCUCUCUCUCUCUCUCUCUCGGCUCUCUCAAAUUUUACAGAGUCUAACAAAACCCAUCUAUUAUGGCUCACAAUACCCAAAAACAGCUUUUUCUCCGAUUGAAUUGAAGAGCAGAGCUACCCGGCUAAGCUGAUUCCGUAGCUUAGGAGGGAAAGAAGAGAGAGAGAGGGAUAUGUCUUUGAGAAUAAAGGCGGUGGUGGAUAGGUUCGUGCAGGAGCUGAAGGAAGCGCUGGACGCGGAUAUUCAGGACAGGAUCAUGAAGGAGAGGGAGAUGCAGAGCUACAUCCAGGAGCGCGAACGCGAAGUUGCCGAGCGCGAAGCCGCUUGGAAGGCCGAGCUCUCUCGUCGCGAGGCAGAGAUUGCCCGACAAGAAGCAAGGCUUAAGAUGGAGAAAGAAAAUCUUGAGAAGGAGAAAAGUGUCCUAAUGGGAACUGCAUCAAAUCAAGACAAUCAAGAUGGAGCUCUUGAAAUCACUGUAAGCGGUGAAAAGUAUCGAUGCCUCAGGUUUGCAAAGGCAAAGAAAUGAGGCUUUACAUGGAGGGGUGGAAGAGAAAAAAACGAUUUAAAGAUGCAAAUCCAUGGUUGGGUGGUACUUCUUUUCUUCUUCUGGAAUCUGAACUUGCUUUGAAGCCAAUUUUCUAGUCAAGAAACUUCAUUCCUUUAGGAUGCUUCAAUUAUGUACAUGUAGUUAUCUCAGUGUAAUGUGAAUUGACCAUGCCUACGGGCCUAUUAUUUAAUUCAAUGUAGAAGAUAGGUUUUGAGAUUUUUA